AUGACAAGAGGCGCGGGGGCAUUUUCAAUCAGCCCAACUAUCCGUGUCCAUGCUGUCGUGAGCUGGGACUCACCGGCAGUCACACUCUUCCAGGAGAGAACCUUGAUAAAUUCCAAUGGUGAAUGCACAAAAUGCGUACUUCAACAUAUCAAGGACAACCUCUUCCAAAUGUUUCGCGAUGGAACAGCUUCCCCAACCGAUCGCCUUCCGGACAACAGUACAUUGCUACAUGCAUGGUUUUGGUGCCCUUGGAGAGAUUUGAUUACCGAUAGCGAUCCACAAUCAUCUGGUCGAAUGCAGGCCUUCAUCCGAGAUUUGAUUGAAGCUGGUGUUCCUGUCGAUGAGCAGGAUCUUGAGGGGCGUACAGUGUUGGAUGUUGCCAUCCAACAGCCGUCAUGGAUAUACAGGAUUCCCAUCCUUGACUGGAGUGCGGUGGCAGGGUUUGAAGUACUUCGAGACCUACUAACCUAUGGCAGCCCCAUGAAGUCUCCAUGUCCAGGUCUGCCCACUGAUCGCGUACCUGAUUUAAGCUUUGACCAUGAACGUGCUACGUCGGAGUACCAGGCAGCCCAAAUGACUCGCGAACUAUUGCAGUGUAACGAAUUUGAAGAUUUCGUGUUGUCGGAGCUCGAUACUGCGAUCCUGACAAAGUCAGAAGCGUCACUAGCACGCCUUUUGGCACUCGAAGCCGUGAAGCAUUGCGAACCUAGUGCCCGCUUCUCCGGGUACCUUGGGGUUCUUUGGCUGUGCUUGGGCUGGCCGGAAGGAAUACGAAUCACGCUCCAGUCGGGCCUUCCUCAGGAUGACAGGUCGAUCUGUUACUGCUUCAGGCAUGCAUGUCGUGAAGGGGAGCAUGAAUGUGCCAGAAUACUCCUAGAAUACAUGAAGGAUAUCCAGCCAUACGCCGUGAGCGCCGCCAUAUCCACAAACAACCCGGAAAUAUUUAGCGAAGUUAUCAGACGCUGGGCAGUGCGUCAAUCCAGACUUCGGGAGAUGGCAUUGCAGUGCCUGCCAAACGAAGCCAUAUCUACUCUGCCAGAGACGACAGAUGGUCUUUUGGACACGAAAACGUCAUCAAUUCAUAGAGCAUUGUUUUCACGCGGUAUUCAGACCGACUUCGGGUAUGAUUUUUGUUUCCAUGUCGACACCGUAUACAACUAUGUCGUGGGAGAUAUGUUUGCUGCGCAAAUGGCGUACGAUGCUGGUUUUACCGACCUUAACCAACCCGAUCCAAACGGCAUUACACCUCUUAUGGCUUUAUGCUGUGGUCCAGGUUGGCCUUUGGAUGACUCUGAUCUGCCCCUUGUAUUUUUUACGCGCAUAGUACAUUGGAUGGUAGGGAAGGGGGCCAAUCUUUACCAAGUCUCUGCAGCAGGCUACCCUGCACUCUGGUACCUGGCAGAGGAGUUCGGGCUGGGGAUACACAAUGCAGGAAUACUCGGUUUGCGGAGUCCUCUGCUGCUAGAUUUGGAUCCGGAGAAACGGGUCCUCAAACAGAUAGCCGACCCCCAGACGGCAAAGCUUCUAUCUACCUUCUUGACUGACCGAUUUCGAGAUGAGUGCAUAUGUGCUUGUGGAGAACACGGCUGCUCAGCAUUGCUGCUCCUGCUCCAUAGAUCGGGGUCGGCGUACGGCUGCAAAGAUAUUGCACUGUACUCUGAUAGGGCGGCGGAUCUUAGUCCAGAGUUCUUUACCCCUGAAGACCGUGUCAUCAUGUCCCAAGUGAUUAUUCGCUACCUUACCUUCAAAGCUUUGGAGCUGACGCACACCUGUCACCACGGGAACAUGCAACCACACUCCGCAGUUUAUUGCAACUUCAAACAUGAUCUUGCGGACGAUUGGUCUGAGAUCCGGGAUGAGCAGCGCUUGCUCAUUGAACAACUAGACAGCCUUGUAGCCGAGUUUACUGCCGAGUACAGCCAACUUAUUGUGAGGCUAUACGACUACGUUCAGUACUAUUGGCAACCGAGGAUGGACGAGGUUCUUGCGGCCCCGAAAGAAGGGUUCGACGAGGAUGAGGUUCGCCGGGUUCAAGAGGUUGGAGUCAUAGGGUGUUAG